AUGACAUUACUUGGUGCCGCUAUUCGGCUGGCCAUUCUAUUAGCACUUAAUUCCUUCGUCUCGACUCUUCCUGCACCAUCUGCCGAUACCUCGCCACCGUCCCUCACGUUGGCGAACCAGUCCCUAACAUCUGAUCGUACCCUCACAUCAACCUAUUCUGAUGCUCCCCCUUUGCUGAUCGAAUUCUGCGGGACUCGCAAGCCUGAAGUCGAGCGUGCACUACUUGCCGCCAAUCGCGUCGCAAAUUCAGCCAGACUCGUCGUCGGUGCUGGCAUUGGGAGUCCUGAGUACAAGGCCAUGUUUGAGAACAAUGCAGUACAACCUCGGGUCGCGAUAUAUCUCAAUAUGAUCUACGAUUACCGUGGCUCGAUAAAUUUGAAGCCGGCACCUCAGAGGGUAACCGCGCCACGGAUUGCCUGUGCGACUCCCGGCUCAGCGAAGCUAUACAGUUACUUGGAUUUGGGAUACGAUCCAUGGCGACGGUGCGCAGCGGCUGCUGGGGGAGCACCUACGGAGGCGUUUUAUGCGGAUGGAUCGGUCUACAUAUUCUUAUGCCCGCGCUUUUUCCAGCAGCCUUUGGCGCCGUUUGGAAGUAAGUGCCCCGAAUUGAGGGAUAAUCUGUUCGCCGGCGACGUCAGUAUCUUCUAUCGAAAUUACCAGGUGUACACACUUUUCUACGAGUUUGUCCGGCUGUAUCUCGGAACAGCGAGCCUUGAUAGUAACAGCAUUCCGAGGGAAACUUUCGACUGGAACCAGUGUGUCGGUUAUUCUCUACUUACUUCGAUCAAGAACCCGACCAACUACGUGCUCUUUGCUGCCCUGGUGGCACAAGGAUGUACUGCGGUACCAGAUCCUGAGAAACCUCCGUUCUCAGACACGCGAUCGUUGGCUUCUUUCAACGCUUCAAUGUCCGCUGUAGCCACUGCUUGA